AUGCCAAAAGUUGAAAUUGCGAGAAGGGGAGAGAAUAAUCAGUCAUUAAAUAUCACGCAGACAAAAAUUAUUACUAAUGAUGUUUCUUCAAAUAAAGUUACAAAACAAAAGAUUAAAGAAUUAGUGUUUAACUAUAUUGUCAAUGAAAUGUGUCCAUUAAUUACAUGUGAAAAAAAGACAUUUCGGGAAUUAAUAAUUGGGUUAACUGGAUUGAAAGACACCUCUAUGAUCCCUGAUCGAAGACAAAUACGAUCUCAUUUAAAAUAUACUUAUGUAGCGUAUGUGGCGAUGUUGACAGAUUUACUCAAAAAACAUAAAUAUAUUUGCACGACUGCAGAUAUUUGGAGCACAAACAACAAGAGUUAUAUGGGUAUGACAUGUCACCUUUGUAUGCUGGAAAACUAUCCUAUUGUAAAACAAGUUUUUUUAAAACACAACACUACUAUUCCUUCAUCAGUCCCUGUGGAAAGACUUUUUAGUGAAGCUAUUCAAGUGUUAACACCUAGAAAAAAUGGUCUUAGUGACAAGACAUUUGAAAUGCUACUAUGCUGCAAAUCAAAUAAUAACUAG